AUGAGCCGUCCAUGGCCAUCUUCUUCUUUGGCUCUUUUAUCACUUUUUCUAAUUAUCCUCCGCCAGAGCUUGGCCUGUAUUGAUGUCUUAUUUGUCAUUGAUAAUAAAACUUUAGAGGUAUCAAGAAACAGAGCUCUUCAAGUAGCUCGACAACUUCCAGAAAAUCAGAAAAUCAGAAAAUGGGUAGUAUUAUCUAGAAACGAUCGUUAUGUUCCAAGAGUUUUAAGAAACAAUGCGGAACUUCAAUCAGUUCUGAGCACAAUCCACGGAGACUAUGAUCGUUUCCUUGAGAUUGCAACUGGAGAAAUUGCCAGAAGAACUGCAACAUUUCAGCCGUUUGUGAUUCUCUUGUUUUCUGAAACACCUGUGAAUCAAACGAUGACCAAGUUGUGGAGAAGUAUUUCGUUGGCACCUGCCCUUCACAUUUACAGAAUUGGAAGUUUCCAGAGAACGAAGUUUGUUGGAACAAAGUCAGAGAAUCGACAAUUUUUAGAGAGUUUUUCUUACAGCAGGAUGUUGUCUGAAGAUCAAGAAACAGAUUUUGAGAAACUGAUUCUAUGCGGUCGGAACAGAACUGAUUUGUUCAACACCGAAUCCAGUAAGUUCAGCGGAGGAAAUGAGAUUCGAAGAUCUCCAACAUCUACACCUCAUCCUUGGACAUCGACUCGUGAUCCAUUUGUUCGCAGACUCACGUUCUAUGAUGCAUCGAGAACGCUUAUUGAAGAAAAGAGAAAACAAGAGCAGCUGAAACAACAACAGCUAUCUCAAAUCAACAAACAAUUCACUAUAACAAGGACUUUUAAAAAGAUGACUACGAAAUCACAGAGUUUCACUAGAAUUCCUACAACUACUUCAAGAACAACGAAGACUACAAGAAAUCAUAUUUCGUACACUACCAGAACUCCAACAAAAUACGAUGCAAAGAAGUUCUCUGGAAGUUAUCAAGCUAGCACCAGAAAACCCCAACCUUUCAAAUGGUUCACCACUACAAAGAAACCAAAGUUCAAUCCUACCACAGUCAAAAAAUAUACAACAAGUAUUUCUGAAACCACCACAAGAAAACCGUAUACAACGAUCAAGCGUCCUCAGACCUAUGUUACCAGAACACCAUUCACCACAACAACGAAAAGGCCACUCCCUACUUCAAAGCAUGUCGGUACCUCUGUUAGGAAAAUAUUACUGUCUACCACUAGGAAACCCGAAAUUACGCCUACAACUCCGUAUUAUACUAGUCCUUCCAUCACUACAACCCCAUCGUCUGUCCCUGCUGCAACUAUAGACUCUCCACUAAAAAAACAUGAAGGAGGGGGAAAUGAAAUCGAGGAAUUGAAUGGAAAAAAUUUCAAAGUUCGAUCGAGAAGUGUUCAUUUUGCGAUGACUGAGAAGCCUCCAGUGACUACUGCAAUGAAUCCGAUGAAGUUUUUCACCACAUCGAGAACUCCAAUCACAACUGCAAAAUCUCUGAUACCGUACAGCUGCACUGCUGAUGUUUUCUUCCUAGUUGAUCUAUCACAGGGGACAGGAGAUAAGAGCCAACAAUACCUUGAUAUUGCUGCAUCAGCAAUUAGUUCUCUUCCCAUAUCACAAGAAGCAGUUCGUGUUGGAUUGAUCAGUUACUCUGGUCCCGGUAGGACCCAUGUCCGUGUAUACUUGGACAAGCACAAUGACAAGGAGAAGUUGAUAGAAGAAAUGUUCUUGAUGGAACGACAUGGUGGAACUACAAGGACUGCUGAUGCGAUUCGAUAUGCGACAAAAAUUUUCGAAGGAAUGGCUCAUCCGGCAAGGAAAAAUGUGAAAAAGGUGUUGGUAGUUUUCACAGAUGGAUAUUCUCAAGAUCAUCCACGAGAUGCAGCUAGAGGGGCUAGAGCGAAAGGAUUGCAGCUGAUUGCUGUAGCAGUAAAGGAUAGAUUAGCACCUCCAGACGAGGAGCAACUAGCUGAAAUUGGGGGACAUGCAAAGAACGUGUUCAUAUCUCCAAACGGACGAGAACUACGCGAGAAGAUCAUAGGGACCCAGUGCCGUCUCUAA